AUGCCCGCGCUCCUGGAGCGCCCCAAGCUUUCCAACGCCAUGGCCCGGGCGCUGCACCGGCACAUCAUGAUGGAGCGGGAGCGCAAGCGGCAGGAGGAAGAAGAGGUGGACAAGAUGAUGGAACAGAAGAUGAAGGAAGAGCAGGAGAGGAGGAAGAAAAAGGAGAUGGAAGAAAGGAUGUCACUGGAGGAGACUAAGGAACAAAUCCUGAAGUUGCAGGAGAAGCUGUUGGCCCUGCAGGAAGAAAAGCACCAGCUUUUCCUGCAGCUCAAGAAAGUUUUGCAUGAGGAAGAAAAACGGAGGCGAAAGGAGCAGAGUGAUCUGACCACCCUGACAUCAGCUGCCUAUCAGCAGAGCCUCACUGUCCACACAGGAGCGCACCUCCUCAGCAUGCAGGGGAGCCCAGGAGGACACAACCGCCCGGGCACUCUCAUGUCAGCUGACAGAGCCAAACAAAUGUUUGGACCGCAAGUGCUUACUACCCGGCACUAUGUGGGCUCCGCAGCUGCUUUCGCAGGGACCCCAGACCAUGGACAGUUCCAAGGCAGCCCUGGGGGCGCUUAUGGGGCUGCCCAGCCCCCACCUCACUACGGGCCCACACAGCCAGCCUACAGUCCAAGUCAGCAGCUCAGAGCACCUUCAGCAUUUCCUGCAGUGCAGUACCUGUCACAGCCACAGCCACAGGCCUAUGCUGUGCACGGCCACUUUCAGCCUACCCAGACAGGGUUUCUCCAGCCUGGUGGUGCCCUAACCUUACAAAAGCAGAUGGAACAUGCUAACCAGCAGACUGGCUUCUCUGACUCAGUAAGUAGACCCCUGGAGGCCAGGGUGAGGAAUUGUGCCAAGGGGAGACCUGGCUGCCUCAGGUUUUUAUGUUCUCUUCUUGUAGUCUUCCCUGCGCCCCAUGCACCCCCAGGCCCUGCACCCAGCCCCUGGUCUCCUUGCAUCUCCCCAGCUACCAGUGCAGAUGCAACCAGCAGGAAAGUCGGGCUUUGCAGCUACCAGCCAGCCAGGCCCUCGGCUUCCUUUCAUCCAGCACAGCCAAAAUCCCCGUUUCUACCACAAGUGACCGUCAGAUUUUAUCUUCAACCUCACUGCCCAAAGCAUUGAGGGCUCCCCCACUGUGUGCCCCAGACCAAUAAACUCUGCCUGCCACUG